UCGUAACAAACCAGACUCAUUGUCGUUCGCGGCAACCGCACCCCAAAAUUACCAUCCUGCCCCCUCGUAUAUAAAACCCACCCUGUUAUUCUCUAAUUCUCAACCCCACCCUCUCCGAUCCGGCACUGUUAUUCUCUCUCCGAGCUAUACACCAGCUGAAACCAACCCCCCUCAAUAACACCGACGAAGAAAGAGGAAGAAGAACCGCCGAUAUGAGCUAGGCGAUCCAGAAGCUCAAGGAAGCCCUAGCCUGACGUCAUCAUAUUCCCCCCCCCCUUGGGCUCUUUGUUUAUUCCCGAUUUCGAUUAUUUAUGUGCGGCUGAGAAUAUUUGGAAGCCAUCGGAGAAGGGAGAGAUGUAUAGGGAGAGAGGUUUGGGUGGGUCGAAGAUGACGGAGGUGGGGGCGGUUGAUCGGAAGCGGAUCAACGAGGCGUUGGAUAAGCAGCUGGAGCGAUCGUCGCCGUCCACUUCUAGGGCUGCAAUCAACGGCAAGGAUGGCAGUAGUAACAACAACAAGGCGGCUCUUGUCAUGGGAGAGGAAUCUGAAACAGAUAGUGAGGAGUCAGAGGUUAGUGGUUCAGAUGGUGAUGACACAUCGUGGAUAUCAUGGUUUUGCAAUUUGAGAGGAAAUGAGUUUUUCUGUGAAGUUGAUGAUGAUUAUAUACAAGAUGAUUUCAACCUUUGUGGGCUAAGCAGCCAAGUUCCCUAUUAUGAUUAUGCACUGGAUCUGAUCUUGGAUGUUGAGUCUUCUCAUGGUGAUAUGUUUACGGAAGAACAAAAUGAAUUAAUUGAAUCAGCAGCAGAGAUGCUCUAUGGUUUGAUUCAUGUACGGUAUAUUUUGACAAGCAAAGGCAUGGCUGCCAUGCUAGACAAAUACAAAAACUAUGACUUUGGCAGAUGCCCAAGGGUAUACUGCUGCGGUCAACCCUGCCUCCCAGUUGGCCAAUCGGACAUCCCACGGUCAAGCACCGUGAAAAUAUACUGCCCCAAGUGUGAAGAUAUCUACUACCCUCGAUCGAAGUAUCAAGGUAACAUUGAUGGAGCCUAUUUCGGAAGUACAUUUCCUCACCUGUUCCUGAUGUCAUACGGGCACCUGAAGCCACAGAAGCCAUCACAGAGCUAUGUUCCAAGAGUGUUCGGCUUUAAGCUUCAUAAGCCAUGAUGCUAAAAUUUCAAGCUUCAGCUGGUUUCACACAAGACUUCCUUCCCUCUGUCAGCAGUGCUCUAGAGAAUUCAGGGCAGGGUAACUCGGACAUAAAGUUUUUCCUUUCAUGUGAGAACUAUCAAUUUGCAGCCAUACCGAGCUUCAUUUUCCAUUUUAGCUGCCUCUUGGUGAGCACUUUUAUAAAACUUAUCCGGUUGGUUUUAGUAUUAAUAAUUACUUUUCAGUGGUUGUCUGCCGACUCUUUGCUUCAUUUCCGUGUUAGCUCAGCUGGGGAUUAUUGGCACUUUAAGGGCCACCUCAUCCUUAUCUUAUAAAUUCAGAUUGUAUCCUGUAGUCCUUUGAUAUUCCUGUCCAAAUUAUUCUAGUUUCAUCUGUUAAGUCAGCUGUAGGUUGUAUGCACUUAUUUAUUGGAAAUAUAUAUCAUCCUUUACACCA